AUGGGCAAGUGGAUUCUUCUCAGAGUUGGACCGGUGAAAAUUCUCUUCUUGAUGGUGGAUCGAAGUGCCAAAGUGCUAAAGAGUUUGGCUAGUGUUGAACCAGAUUAUCACCGAGUUACAUGGCAACGAGGAAUUGAUCCGGCCUCUACUCUUCAGUUUGUGACACUUCGCGUGGGUGAUUACCUCGAUUUCAUUAACCCAGAGGCACUCCCGAUUGCGGAAGUUGGUCAAACAGAUUAUGCACAUUGUACCUGGACGGAUGUUAAAGAUGAUCUUCCACCUGACGCUGUUGUCCCUUUUAAGCUUACUGAAUCUCGUACUUACUACUUCGCAUCUGAUCCUUUUUUCUGUUACAAAGGGUUGAAGUUUGAGGCCCAAGUUUAUCCAGCAUAA